AGCUCCUUAGUCAUCGGAUUCCGCAAUGUAGUGAGAGGACACAUUCGUCCACAUUGCAGCAGAAAAUGUCUAUAAAAGACAGCCUUUCUCUCAAGCAAUGAGCAUUCACCCCAUCAAACACGACAGUCUCAUAACAGCACACGAACACCGCACCGAACGAAGAUCAUGGCGAGAAAAACUGCUUAUCUCGGCCUUCUGGCUGCCUCAUCAUUCGCUCUCACCCUCGCAGCCCCAGUCGAGGAACGAACUGUCAACGUUUGUCCUGCUGUCGACCUGGUUGUCGUUCUGCUCAAGGCCUAUCCAUCCGCCUCUCCGUUCUGCUCCUCUUUCCUUGGAAUUUCUACAGUGACUACUACUUCAACUGUCAAGGCCACUUCACCCAUCACCACCAUCAUUCCUACCACUACUACAACAGUCUUUGUUGCAGCAACUCCAGUUACCGAGUACGAUGUUUCCUCUACCACAAUCACGACUUGCAUUCCAAGCGCUGCCAAGCGAGACCUAGCCAAAAGAAAGGAGAAGACCACAUCGACCACCUCGUCCAGCUCGUCCAAAGCUACAACCACCUCAAUCCCGGCUUCCAUCAGCAUACCUGGAACUUGCAAUGGCUGCCCGGGCCUUCUCAAGAACAUUGCCUGCACAGCUGUUUCUAGUGCAUGCGGCUGUCUUGGCCUUUCUACCCCGACCUCAACUGUCUAUGUCAGCACGACAUAUGUUCCUGUGGUAACCUCUUAUUCUGGUGUUGCUGCAACUCAAACCACCACUGGAACCACGACUAUCCCGACCACCUCUACAUCAACAAUCCUGUCUUGUCCAACUCCCUCGAUCUGUGGUAACCAGGGUAUUCAGUUUGCUUACUAUGCCAACGAGCCCUGGGGCGAUCAGAUCUCUGAAAUGGACCCGUCAUUCUACUGGACAUAUACUCCCGACUACAGUGGGACUACCACCAAGGUCGGCGGUAUCAACGAACCCGCCGGCUCUGACGUUAAUCUUUACGGUACCUCGAAGAAUGUCCCCGCUAGCUAUUUCGUCCUCAACCAUCGCGGAUACAUCUUCGCUCAGGUCGACGGCGACUACACCUUCACCACCUCCCAAGUCGACGAUAUCACCUUCUUGUACCUUGGAGACGACGCAAUCAGAGGCUAUGGUCUGAACAACUUUGACGCCAAGGCAGUGUGCUGCGAUGCGCCUGCCAACAGUGCCAGUGCGACUUAUACUCUGAAGACUGGACAGUAUCUUCCAUUCAGACUUGUGUUUGGGCAGCAAGGUGGACCUGUUGUCUUUAGCUUUUCCGUCACCGCUCCUGAUGGGACUGUUGUUCUUGAUGCUGGGACUCAGGAUUCGAAGUUCAUUGUUCAGUAUUCUUGCGAUGGUACAACUGCUCCUGCAUUCCCUGCUUGGGGUCAGGAACAAGCUCUUUAGAUUGAGGACUUGUGAGGACUAACUGGUAAACUGUGUGCAUUGCGAGGAAAGGCUCACAAAAUCGCAGAAAGGCCGGAUGUAGACCAGAUAGAUGAAGAGAAUCCUCUGCACAGCUAGGCAAGGUGCUCGUACAAUUCGAAAGCAGCUGUUGUCAUCAGAGAAAAAGAAGGAGUUAACUUUCGAAAAUCUACUACAUGUUGUUUAUGUAUAC